AUUCUUUUGGUUUUGGCGGAGCUAAUGCUCAUAUUUUAUUAGCACCUAAUAUGAAGCAAAAAGUCAACGGUGGGGCACCAAAGGAUGAUUUGCCAAGACUCGUCGUCCUGUCCGGUCGUACCGAACAAGCAGUGGAGUCAUUCUUAUGUGAGAUUGGAAGUCAACCGGUAGAUGUUGAAUAUGUUCGGCUGUUGCACGAACUCCAUGCGGAAAAACUUCUAAAUCAUCCUUACAGAGGUUAUACGAUUGUUGAAAACCAAAUAUCGAGCAACAUAACGAGCGAAAUAGAUCAUUAUGAUGGAGUAAGAAAGCCGAUCUGUUUUGUGUUUUCCGGUAUCGGAUCCCAAUGGUCUGGCAUGGGAAAAGCAUUACUGCGCUUUCCAGCAUUCUGUGAAACCAUAGAAAAAUGUGAUACACUUCUAAAGAUACAUGGAGUGCACAUCAUCGACAUUUUAACAAGUAAACAAAAAGUCACCCUUGACUGUAUAUCGAACACAGUCGUGAGCAUCACUGCAAUGCAGCUUGGAUUAAUAGAUCUCUUGAUGUCGGUAAACGUUGUGCCAGACUAUACCAUCGGUCAUUCAAUCGGUAAACUUUGUUGCGGAUAUAUAACUGGUGACUUCACGAUCGAACAAAUGAUUUUGUCUGCCUACUACAUAGGAUUGGCGUUGGAAGAAACAAAAAUAGCGAAGUACGCCAUGACGGAUAUUGGCGUUAGUUACAAAGAAGCGAAAAUCAUGUGUCCAGUAGAUAUCAAAGUAAUAUGCAGCUAUAGUCCAGACACAUGUUCCAUCGUCGGGCUGAGGGAAUCAAUAGUGGCAUUUACGAAGAAAUUAGAGAUUAACAAAAUCUCUUAUAAGGAGAUAAAUUGUUGCAAUAUUCCUCUUCAUAGUUGCUAUAUCGUCCCUGCGAGAGAAAAUAUUUUGGCUAAAUUACAAUGGGCAUUACCACAAAAGAUGAUGCAUAAACAAAAAUGGUGCAGAUUGCCUUGCGAUUAUAACAUAUCGUAUGCAGAAUACUUUACCAACAAUUUAGUGAAUCCUAUAUUUUUCGAAAAUGUCGCGAAAAUGAUUCCGGAGAAUACAGCGUUCGUGGAAAUCGCGCCGGAUGGAAUUCUGCAGGAUGUCUUGAAUAAAAUUUUCGAUACGACAACCAUCGCGUUGACUCAACGCCAUCACGAAGAUAACGCUAAAGUAUUUUUGUAAGGACUCGGCAAGAUGUACAACUUUGGCUUGCAGCCGCAAUUAGCCAAUCUCUAUCCGCCUGUAGAAUUUCCAGUUAGUCGCAGCACGCCGAUGAUCUCGUCGUCGAUCAAGUGGAAGCAUUUGGAAAACUGGUACGUCGCGUCAUUCGCAACGGAGAAACAAAUCACGUCUAGAGAGAUUGUAAUGGAAAUCAACAUACGAGAAGAAGAUUAUGAAUACAUGAGCGGCCACAUAAUCGAUGGCAGAAAUCUGUUGCCAGCUACAGCAUAUAUUGAAUUAAUUUGGAAAAUGGUUGGAAAGUUAAGGGAGUAGUCGUACAAAAAUAUACCCGUCGUAUUUGAAAAUGUUAAAUUCCUCCGAGCGACACUUCUUUCGAACCAAGCAGCUGUAAAACUAACGUUAAUGGUGCAAAAAAGUACUGGGAGGUUUGAGAUAACAGAAAAUGGUAACGCAAUUGUCACUGGCACGGUACGUGUUCCACUAGAUCUUGACAAGGAAAAUGUGCCCAUCGAUUAUCUAGAAGAAGACGAUAACGAGAAAGAAAUAAUGAAAACGAGAGAUAUAUAUAAGGAGCUUAAAUUACGCGGAUAUCAAUAUACGGAUUUGUUUCGUUCUUUAAGAAGUGCAUCCAUUACAGCCAGCCGAGGACACAUAGAAUGGAUGAACAACUGGGUAGUGUUUAUGGAUAACAUGCUCCAAAUAAGGAUCCUUGGGACAGACACGAGAAGUCCUCGUGUUCUUACUGAGAUAGAAAAAUUGGUGAUCAAUCCGAGGCUUCAUGCGCAAUAUCUAAAAGAUACUACGACUGAAAAUACAGAACUCGCUAUGCACGUAUACAAAAA